UUGGACUUUCUAGUGUUCCACUUGUACAAACCGAUUGCGAACGCGUUUCCGGACUCCUCACUUCUAAUCGCAGUGGGACUUCUGCUUGGGCUAAUUCUCAAACAAUCAGGAGCACACAUCACUUAUUCUCUUGAUUCGCAUGUGUUCUUCCUGUAUCUCCUGCCGCCUAUUAUCUUUGAUGCAGGCUACUUCAUGCCCAACAGAGCACUUUUCGAAAACUGCGAUUCUGUACUUCUCUUUGCUGUAAUUCUUACGACCUUGAAAAAUGCACUUGGGAACACUCGGCGCGCUGACGAAUGUGAUCUUUGCCCUAAUAGCCUUGUACUGUACCAAAUGUUCAAAAGCUUUACCCUGAUUGGGCCGGAAAAUCUGGAGCCAGUCGACUAUGCAGCUGGAGUGCUUUCCUUCUUUGUUGUUGCCUGUGGAGGAGCAUUCGUUGGCUUGAUAGGCGCCUUUCUCGUCAGUUUCAUCACGAAAAGCAGAAAGAACUGUUGAAA